UCCAAGAAGCCACGCAUCACUUUUCUCUUCCCUUUUGCUCAGUUUCUCCGUCUUCUCUGUCGUCUCUCUCUCUCUCUCUCUGUCUCUCUCUCUCUCUCUCUCUCUAGGAGCCUCGACAAUGGUGGAGCAGAGGAGGUUCGCUCUGUUUCUAGCGACGCCUGAUUCCGAGUUCGUGAAGAAGACGUACGGAGGGUACUACAACGUGUUCCUCUCCACCUUCGCCGACGAAGGAGAGCAAUGGGAUCUCUUCCGAGUCGUCGACGGCGAAUUCCCCGGCGACGACGACCUCCAUUGCUACGACGGAUUCGUCAUCAGUGGAAGCCCUCACGACGCAUUCGCCGACUCCGAUUGGAUCCUCAAGCUCUGCUCCAUUUGCCAGAAGCUCGACGACAUGAAGAAGAAGGUCCUCGGUAUUUGCUUCGGCCACCAGAUAAUAUGCAGAAUAAAGGGAGGGAAAGUGGGUCGAUCUCCGGGAGGUUUGGACAUGGGACUAAGGAACAUAACCAUAGCGAAGGAGGCGGUAAAACCGGAAGGAUACUUCGGGGAAGAGAUCCCGACAUCGUUAGCCAUAAUAAAAUGCCAUCAAGAUCAAGUCUUGGAACUCCCAGAGACAGCCACUGUUCUUGCAUCCUCCGAUUUCUGCAACAUCGAGAUGUUCUCUGUCGGAGAUCACAUUCUCUGCAUCCAGGGACAUCCUGAGUACAACAAAGAUAUUCUCUUCGAGAUCAUCGAUCGUGUCCACCUCACCCUGAAGCUGAUUCAAAAAGAAUUUGCGGAUAAGGCGAAGGGAACGAUGGAGAAUGCGGAAGCUGACAGGAAGCGAUGGGAGACACUCUGCAAGAAUUUUCUCAAAGGACGAUCGGAUCGGGUUUGACUCGUUCCCCAUGUUCUGUUCUUCUUGUCCGGAACAAGAAAUAUUCAGACGUAACGGUUUAUGAAAAAACAGAGAUUGGAAGUAAUCACAAACAUCAUCCUUUUUACAUUACAUUUGGGAGCUGUUUUUACCAAUAUAGUGUAUUAUAAGUAUAUAAAUCAAGUAUUUUGUUUUUCCA